CUUUCGGAGUCUGUUACACCUGAAUACAACAACUGUCAACAGCUAUAAAACCCAAAGAAGACGAGCAGCGUCUCUCACAAGCAAUGCCAACAAUGGGAGACACUCCCGCCGCCAAAUUCCAAAGCCACCUCGAAAUCAAGACGCUACGGCCACCCUCACCUCCAACUCGUCCCUUCUCCUUAUCAAAAAACCAAGACCGAGAACACCAAAAAACUCCUUUCUUCAAGUCUCGAGCCGGUAUAAGAAAAAGCGACACGUGGAUCAUCUCCGUCUUCGUCAUCCUCCAUGUCGUGGCCUUCAUUGCCACCAUGGUUGCCAAUGAUUGCUGGAGAAACUCUCACGGUGACUGCGCACUCAAAGCGCUCGGAAGGCUGUCGUUUCAGCCACUCCCUGAGAAUCCUUUACUCGGUCCCUCUGCUUCUGCGUUUGAUGAAAUGGGAGCUCUCCGCCAGAAUUUUCUGGAAGAGAAUCACCAUGCUUGGCGUCUGUUCACAUGCACUGGGUUGCAUGCUGGGCUCAUUCAUCUAAUCAUCAACCUCGGCAGCGUCAUCUUUGUAGGAAUUCACUUAGAGCAAGUGUUUGGACCGCUGAGGACAGGUAUCAUCUAUAUACUCUCUGCUUUUGUUGGAAGCUUGGCCGCCGCACUAUUCAUCACAAAUAGCCCAGCAGUCGGUUCCUCUGGCGCAUUAUUUGGUUUGCUUGGAGCUAUGCUUUCUGGGGUCCUACGGGACUGGAAUGUUUACACUCAUAAGUUGGCGGCGAUAUCAUUUCUUUUCUUUGUCUCCACAAUCAAUUUUGCUGUCGGUUUGCUACCUUAUGUAAAUAAUUUUUCAAGCAUUGGUGGUCUUAUAUCAGGAUUUCUACUUGGUUUCGUGCUUCUGUUCACCCCUGAGGUUAAGCCAUUGGUUCACAACAAGGCAGGCCUCUACGAGUAUAGUACCAAAAGUUCUAUCAAAUCAAAGCUGAAGCUAGACAGGCCAAUCAUAAGGGGUGUCUGUCUUAUUCUUUUUGUUUUUGUGCUUCUUGGAUCUCUUGGAGCAGUACUUGGAGGAAUAAAUGUAAACCAAUAUUGCAAAUGGUGCAAAUAUAUUGACUGCAUUCCUUCUAAAAGGUGGAGUUGCAAUGACAUAACAGCUAAUUGCGAGACUAUGGUGAGCAACUCACAGAUGACAUUGACUUGUAUGGGCAAUGGCAACUUCAGGGUUUUCCCAUAUACCAACAUUUCACAAGCAAGGAUGAAGGACUUGUGCACUCUGCUAUGCUGACAGAAAAACAUUUUAAUUUGUAAUGAAUCAUGGAAACUGAAGAUACUUGAAUAUCAUGUACUCUGUUGAUAGCCAUUCGGUUGAAAGCUUUUAGGAUUUUUUUUCUUUUUUUACUUUACCAUUGGUCCAUAUCUUUUUUGAAAUAUAA